ACGGGAUCUGGAACCGCGCAGCGCUGAGUGCGUCCGUAUCUGCAGGGGCUUCAGGGGCCAUGGGGGCCAUGGAGGCCUCGACGACGUUGACGGGGAGCUGCGGGCAGCGCAGCAGCACGCCGCAGCGCACGGGCUCGGCCCUGUCGUGAGAUCGACUUGGGCGCGGGCCAGCCCGUGACACGCCGCCGCCAUGUUCGAAGGCGUGGUCGCCGCCGUGCUCAACAGGUUCCUGGGCAAGUACGUCCAGGACCUGGACACCGAGAACCUCAACGUAGGCAUCUUCGGCGGCGAUGUGCAGCUCCACAACCUGCGCAUUCGACCCGAGGCCCUUUACGAGCUCGACCUGCCGAUCGAGGUGAAGCAGGGCACCAUCGGCAGGGUGGCCCUCAACAUCCCCUGGAGCGGACUCUACACUGAAUCAGUCAUCGUCACCAUCGAGGAUGUGUACGUGGUGGCCGGCCCCGUGCUGCAGGGGCCGUACAGCGCGGAGCGAGACAAGCGGCUGCGCCGCGCCGCCAAGAAGAAGCACCUGGACGCGGUGGACUCGAGCGACUGGCUGGGCAUGCCCGACACGGGCUCCUUCCUCGAGAACCUCAUCACCACCGUCAUGAACAACCUGCAGGUGUUCAUCCGCCACGUGCACAUCCGCUACGAGGACACCAUGAUGCACCCCGACCCGGACGUCACCCUCACGUGCGGCAUCUGCCUCUUCAACCUGUCCGUCGAGUUCACCAACAACAAGUGGAAGCCGUGCCCCAGCAGCCCGGGCGCCACGUCGGUGUACCAGCUGAUCCGCAUCGAGUCGUUCUCGGUGUACGUGAACAAGGACGGGCGGCCCAUCGUGGGCGAUUGCGACCCGGACCAGGUGCCCUUCAACGUGUGGCGCGAGGCCAUGGAGCGCGGGCUCAAGACCUUCAACACGGGCGCCGACCCCCUCAAGUUCAUCGUGCAGCCGGUGUCGGCCAAGGUGAAGGUGAUCGUGAAUCGCUCCAACGAGGUCCGCGUCCCCAAGCUGCUGGUGGACUUCGUGGUGGAGGACGUGUCCCUGCGGCUGAACCGCGACCAGUUCGUGUCGCUGCGCGGCCUGUGGGAGUCCCUGCAGCGCCAGCGCGUGGCGUGGCGCUUCCACGCGUCGCGGCCCGCGGGGCGCGUGCUGCCGGCCGGCACGCGGGGCACGCGCGCGUGGUGGCGGUACGCGUGCGAGGCCGUGCUGGAGCAGCGCGUGAGGCCCUACACCUGGAGCCGGGUGCGGCGCCACCGCGAGGCUUACGCGCGGUACCGCGACGCCUACGCCAAGGCCCUGCUGCAGCCCAACGACACGGAGCUGCGCCUCGACCUGCAGCAGCUGGAGGACCAGCUCGACGUGGUGGACAUCCUGAUCGCGCGCGAGCACGCCAAGCUGCUGCUGCACAAGGAGAACCCCGAGCGCGUGGCCGUGGGGCCGCGGCCGCCGUCGCGGUGGUCCAAGUGGUUCGCGGCGAGCGGCGGCGUCGGCGACGGCAGCCGCAGCCCGUCCCCGGAGCUGCAGGUCCGCGCCGAGCGCGCGCGGGGCCUCUGGGCGCAGCUCUCCGGCAGCGAGCGCGACCGCCUGUUCGAGGCCAUCGGCUACGCGGAGGGAUCCCAGCACCCAGACAAGCCCAGGCAGUACAUUGAACACAAACUGAACGUGACGCUGGUUAACUGCUCCGUGAGCCUGCUCUCGGACACGGGCGAGGUGCUGGCCAGCCACCUGACGCACCUCCUCGUCAGUCUGGAGACGCGGCCCGCCGCCAACGCCUACAAGCUGUCCAUGCGCGUGGAGAGCGCCGUCGUGGAGGGCGCCAGCCUGGAGCACCACCUCGUGCCGCUCGUCACCGCCAACGUUAACUCAGGUAACAACUACUCCAACUUCCUUGCCAUCGACAUCGAGAAGAACCCCUCCAAGACGGAUGCCGACUUCGGGGUGUCCAUCACCAUGGAGCCCAUGGAGAUCGUCUACCAUGAACAUGCCGUGUCCGAGCUGCUCAGCUUCUGCUGCUCCAAGCCGAGGCCCCUCAGAGAGCUGUGCUCCGCGGCGGGGGCCUGGGCCAAGAAGGGCUUCGACACCGCGGCCGUCGUGUGCCGGCGCGCGCUCUCCCGGCGCAACACCUACUGCGUCAGCGUGGACGUCAGGGGGCCCUACAUCGUGAUCCCCGAGUCCGGCUCCAUGCAGAAGGGUGGGCAGGUGCUGGUGCUGGACGCGGGCAGGGUGGUGGUGCGCACGGAGCUGCAGCCGCCCGGCGUCAGCCUGGAGGACGCCACGCAGAUGGAGAUGGAGGAGCGCCUGUACGACCGGCUGCACGUCGAGUGCUCCGAGACGCAGGUGCUGUUCUGCGACUCCGGCGACGAGUGGUGGGAGUCGCGCAAGAUGCAGGACUCGGAGCUCCACCUGGUGCCCAAGGUGCGCGGCCAGGUCGUCUUCUCCAACAGCGUGCGCCCCGAGUACCGCCAGCUGGCGCGCCACAAGCUCACCGUGUCCGUGGCCAGCCUCAAGCUCAACCUGUCGGACCGGCGCAUCGGGAUGGCGCUCGACUUCCUGGAGAACCUCCCCGCGCCCACCUACCGCACCAGCGACCCGCCAGAGGCCGACCCGUUCGCCGCAGCGGACGGCGGCCAGGCCUUCCCGGACGACCGCGUGGCGCCCAGCCUCACCGGCAAGCAGCUCGCCCGCGUCAGGAGCGUGGUCACGCAGGCCGCCGUCAGGGCCGUGCGCGGCGUGGUCGCCGAGGACGCCGUCACGCCCAAGGUGGCCGCCCUCGAGGUGGACAAGAGCUUCGCGUCAUCGGAUCACAGUGACAGUGAGGAGAUGGAGCUCUGGGCGCGGACCGUGGACCUGCCAGGAUUCGACGACAACGUCUCGCCCCACAACGCCAUCACCAUGUUGUUGCGCUUUGCCAUCGGGGAGGUGGUGGUGAACCUGGCUCGGUCCAGCAACCGCGUGGACAAGCCAUACCUCCUCCUGCGGCUGGGCAAGCUGUGCUGGGACUCGGCCCUCAUGGAGUACGGCCCGGCCGUGCAGGCCAGCGUGGGGUCAGUGCAGCUGGUGGAUCGUCUGCACGCCGCGCCGGCCGGCACCGGCCAGUACCUGGAGAUGGUGUCCACGGCCUGCUCCAGCACCGACGACGACGCCUUCAACCUGCUGUACCGCAAGGUGCGCUCCAACUGCCCGGACUUCAAGUCGCACUUCCACAGCGUCGAGCAGUCCCUGGUCGUGGACGUGGCCACCGUCAACCUGGUCUUCCACCAAGAGGCCUUCAUCACGCUCAACAAGUACCUGCAGUACAUCGUCCACAAAGUACAAAGCCGAGACGCGCUGCUGGCGCGCGCGACGGCGGCGCUGGGCGACCUGAGACCGACCGUCUCCGCGGCGAGGGCCUACGUGAAGGCGCUGUGGAACAGCUCGGACGACCCGCCCAUCCCGCAGGGCGCCACCAAGUUCAGCUACUCCACGAGGCUGGGCGAGGUGCACCUGCGGCUGUGCGACACGGACCUCGACUUCCUGGACUUGCGCGUCGCAGGCCUCGAGAGCGACUGCCUGUUCAAGGCCAACGAGCGCAUGAUUCUGCGGGUCAACCUCACCAGCAUCACCUGCGAGGACCUGUCGGACAUGACGCUGUACCACCGCGUCCUGCAGGUGGACGACGACCGCGUGCUGGACCUCAAGUACGUCCGGCACGCCCCGCGGCUCUACCAGCACUCGGGGCUGGCGGACCGGGACGACGUCAAGUCGGACGGCAGCCUCAAGGUGAAGCUGGGCCGGCUGAGCGUGGUGCUGCUCUACAAGCUGGCCGUGGACCUGCAGCACUUCAUCGAGCCGCUGAUGCGGCCAGGGCUGGUGCCGCAGUGGCUGGCGCUGGCCGGCAGGCUGGCGGAGCGCGCGCUGGGCCGUCUGCGCACCUGGCCCACGCGCCUCCACGUGUCGCUGGACCUGCACAUGCCCGCCCUGCUGCUGCCGCAGAAGUCCGCCUCGCCCAACCUCAUCGUCGCCAACCUCGGCGACCUCACGGUCGAGAACUUCUUCAAGGAGGUGGUGACGUCGAGCCCCGACGGCGGGCCCGCGGGCGGCGUCGUCAUCGACAACGUGCUGGUGCGCCUGGACGCAGUGCAGCUCUCGCGUGCCGUAAUGACCCUGGCCGGCGCGCUGCACAUCCAGGAGCCCAUCCUGGAACCGCUGUCGCUGCGCCUGGACAUCAAGCGCUGCGUGGCCUCCACCGCCGCCAUCGGCGUGUUCGGCGCGCACCCCGUGCUGCUGUACGACGUGAGCGGCGGCAUGGACAUGGUGCACGUCAACCUGGGCCAGCGCGACCUGGCCACGCUGCUGGCGGUGUGGGCCGACAACCUGGCCGAGGGGCGGAUCUUCGAUAUGUACGAUUCGUCGGCGUCGCCGCUGGACGCCUUGUCGCCGAGCCACCAGCACGCCGACAAGGACCAGAGCGACCACGCGGUGCGCAAGCUGCAGCAGUUCUUCGCGCAGAACGAGCAGGGCCGGCGCGAGUCCAGCGUGCGCCUCACCCUGGACGGCGUGCAGCUCGCCCUCUUCAGCGACGUGGACGAGGUGCUCAGCUCGCCCGUGCGCGACCUCAACCACGGCCUGUGCCGCCUGGAGCUGGGCGAGGCCUCCAUCACGCUGGACACGUACACGGACCGCAGCCUGGAGCUGCGGACGUCCAUGCUCACCUGCGUGCUGGAGGACAUCCGUCCCGAGCGGCGGCCUGGCUUCACCAAGAUCUUCCACUCGCACGCGGGCUCGACGCAGCGUGACUGCGUGUCCAUCUCGGUGUCGCAGCCCCCCAUCGUGGACCUCACGUUUCGCCAGUCGCAGUCCGGCGACCGCAGCGUCGACAUCCUGGUGGAGCAGACGCGGCUCAACCUCACCGUCAGCUUCCUGGCCUCCAUGGCGCGCUUCCUGCUGGACGCCCUGCCCGGCGAUGGCGAGCACCCCGCCGACGGCGGCUUCAUCAACCAGGGCUACGUCGGUGACCUCAACGUGCACCACAAGGGCGGCCAAGGCGGCCAGGGCGGCCAGGGUCAGGCCGCACAGAGGCCACCCAGCUCGGAGGACAGCACGAGCGGCUGCUUCUCGUCCAGGGCGUCGUGCGCCGGCGACCAGGCGGGGCUGGUGGUGUCGCUGCAGCUGCGCCGGCCCGAGGUGCUGCUGGCGUCAGAGGCCCACGAGCAGGGCCUCGGCCACGGCCUGCUGCUGCGCACCGAGAUCACGCUGGACUACAACCGCCACGCCUACCGCGAGACGCUCAACUGCUCGCUGGCGAGCUUGCGCGUGCUCUCCCUUCCAAGUGGCGCCGGGCGGCGGCCGUGCCACCAGGUCCUGUUCCCGUGCGACAUCGAGUUCACGAAGAGCUUCAAGACGGUGGAGGAGGGAGUCAAGGUGAUCGCCGGCGUGAGCCCGGUCGACAUACACUUGUGCGCCAGCUCCGUGCGGACAAUCAUGGAGGUGGUGGACGACGUGCACGCGGCGCUGCAGCCCGACGAGCCCGACCCCGCGCUGGCGGCCACCGCGGCCACCGCGGCCACGCAGAAUGCCAGCGAGGCGGAGGACCUCUGGAGCGCCAAAAAGCUGCAGCCCUACGUCUUCCCGGACCCGUGCGACGGGCUGCUCUACACGGGGACGGGCGUGCAGGAGUACGUGCCCGAGUCCAUGACGGUGACCGUGCCCAAGGUGCGCGUCGUGCUGGAGCUGGAGGCGGACAUGAAGUGCACGCCGCUGGUGCUGGUGCGCGCGGCGGCCGAGACGCACGUCAAGGACUGGUCCACGCAGCUGCACCUGCGCACCGAGCUGCAGCUGCAGGCGUCCUACUUCAACGGCGACCUGGGCGCGUGGGAGCCGCUCGUGGAGCCCGUCGUCGAGGCCGAGAACGUGUUCCGGCCGUGGGAGCUGCAGGUGCGGCUGUUCCGCGCCAAGGCCUUCCCGAUCAGCAGCCGCCUGGACUCGGUGACCGAGGGGGAGGGCGACGGCCCGCGCAGGGCCAGCAGCCGCAAGCGCAGCAACGCCAGCCAGCACCCGCAGCAGCCCGAGGACUCGCAGACCUCCGGCGAGGAGACCGAGCCGGAGCACAGCAUGACCUUCAUCAGGAGGCCGCGCUCCGACUGCGGCCAGGAGGGCCAGAUCAAGGAAACUAUGAGCAUGGCGAGCCACCCUGACGACUCGGACUCGGAAGACGAGGACGGCGUCAUGGAAAAGCUGGCAGGGGCCAUCGGCUACCUCUUCUCAGGGGACAGCAGCGAGGGCGAGGCGAGCGAGUCGGACGAGUCCAGCAUCGCGGAGCCCUCCGGCGCCACGGAGGAGGCCUCCGAGAUGGAGACGCCCAGCGCGGGCGGCAGCACCGUCAUCGGCAACCAGGAGAGAGCCGUGUUCCUCACCAAGCACAGUGACUCUGUGGACUCGGGCCUGGAGGCCGAGCCGGUCGAGCGGCACUCCAACUACCUGCUGGUGCAGGCCAAGGACCACUUGGAGCUGACCGCCACCCCGGCGGCGCUGCGGGUGCUGGACCGGCUGCGUGCCUCCUUCAACGUGGACCCCGUCAACAACAACCUGGGCUCGCCCUACCCGCCGCUCAGCCUCAACAACAACCUGGGGCUCGGCAGCACGGCCGUGCUCACCACCAAAGCUGAGAAGGGCCCGGACGGCGCCGACAAGGUGCUGGCCAAGGCCCCCGACGAUGAGUCCGACUCCCUCCCCGGCAGCCCCCACGCGUCGCCGCACCACCACAAGUACCUGGACUACGACAUCAACCUGUACUCGGGUGACGGCGCCGAGGCCGACGUGUUCUACUGCGACGCGUCCCACCAGGACCAGGACCUGUUCUCCCCCGUCAUGAAAUUUCCGCCCGACACCAUCAGCGACCUCUACAAGAAGAUCACCGACCUACGCCUCACCGUCAAUGUGGAAGGGCUCGACCCCAUCCAAGUGCUGUGCCCGCGACGGAGCUGCAGCAAGCUCCACGCGCUGCUGCCCGCGCGCAACAACAUCCGCUACCACAUCAUGAUGGACGUGGAGUCCACCAGCCAGUACCACAGAGUCACUCUCCGCUCGCCGCUGCAGAUCCGAAACGAGACCACGUUCUCCAUCGGGCUCUACUACAAGAAGUCCGUGUUCGACGGGCUGGGCCUGUCGCACAUCGGCGAGUCCACCAAUCCGUUCGACGACUCCAUCCUGUUCGUCAACCUGGAGCCGGACAAGGUGUGCGACGUGCCUCUGCACGUGGCCUACAACUGCAAAGUGCACUUCCACCCAGCCUACUACCCGUUCUCGGUGAGCGAGAGCGGCCUGUGGUGGAAGGACCUCGCUGCCGACAUGAACACCGCCAAGGACUUCUUCUGUCCGCCCAAGGACGAGAAGGACCCGCAGGCGUUCUCCUGCAGGGUGGUGUGCUCCGAAGGCGUGCACGUCAAGCAGACGUACCGCUCCAUCCCCAACUACAUGCUGCGCCUGCUGCCGCCGCUGCAGUUCUACAACGGGCUGCCCUUCGCCGUCGAGCUCAAGAUCCCCGCCAUCAGCUGGGAGCAGAGGGUGGAGGCUGGCGACCGCGUGUCGCAGUACUUCCUCAACCUGCAGAAGAUGCACCGCGUCACCGUGGAGGUCCCCGCCUACCUGGGCCUGGCCUGGUCCGGCUCCUUCAACCUCACGCCAGACCUGGAGGAGAAGACCAUCACCAUGACCACAGAGCAGGACACGGAGGGCGGCAACAAGCAGCUGGGCCUGACGGUGCGGGUGGACCGGUCCGGCACCUGCGUGGCGUACCUGCACGCCCCCUUCUGGAUCAUCAACAAGACCGGCCUGCCCCUGCAGCUCAGAGGCUCCCUGUCCGACGUGGUGUACGACGUGACCGGCGAGGAGGCCUUGCUGUUCAGCUUCAGGAAGAUCCGGCGGCGCUGCGUGCGGCUGCGCGCCUACCACUCCUCCUGGUCCUCGGCCUUCUCGCUGGACACGGUGGACACCAACGGGCUGGUGGUGUGCCGGGACCGCGAGCGGCGGCGCCACUACCGCAUCCUUCUGUCGGUGCAGCUGUCGUCGGCGUGCCCGCAGCUCACCAAGAUCGUCACGCUGCUGCCCAACCUCAUCGUGUACAACCGCUGCAAGAGGCCGCUGCGCUUCAUGGAGGAGAACGAGCGCGCCGACCUGUGGAUCGACCUGGCGCCCGACAAGUGCCAGCCCUUCUGGCCCGUCACCGACUCCAUGCGCAUGUUCGUCAAGUUCCGCGACAGCAAGCUCGUGUCGCAGCACUUCCCCGUCACGCAGACGCACACCACCGUACUGCGCAUGGACCGCGGGACGGGGCUGGUGGUGGACGUGUCCGGUGGCGGGGACAUGCCGUUCGCCGUGGUGUUCCGCGGCUACGCCGAGGGCGACGCGCCGCUGCGCGUCGACAACCUGUGCGAGGACCUGUUCCUCAAGGUGCACCAGCAGGACCUGGGCCAGGUGGCGCUGCUCAGCCCCUACCAGUCCAUGCUGUACACGUGGGACGACCCGUCCAAGGAGCGCUGCCUGCUUUGGAACGUGUACAACAAGAAGAGCAAGGGCUUCGUCGCCGACUUCUGGAAGGACGGCUACGGCCAGGAACGCGUGUGCUUCCACUCGGUGCGGCAGCCGCCCGGGGCGGGCACCGCGACGAGCGCCACGGCCGCCAGCGCCGCGCCCACCGUCACGUCCAAGCUGUCGGCGGGGCUCAAGCUGCUGGCCCCCAAGGCCCCCAAGCAGGACGGCGGCUCCUCCAGCAGCGACGACACGGAGUCCGACGACCUGCUGCGGUCGCAGCAGCUGAAGCGCACGCGACGCGACAAGGUGGUGGUGUACUGGGUGAGCUACCUGGAGGGCCACCAGCGGGUGCUGCUCUUCACGCAGGACGAGCGCGUGUCGCUCAACGCCAGGCGCCGCAUCCAGUCCGAGCGGUCGCACCUCGAGGCCUUCGUGUCCUUGGCCGGGGUGGGCCUGUCGCUCACCACGACCGGCGGCGAGCUCGCGUACCUCAGCCUGGCCGACUCGGCCGCCGUGUGGGAGGUGUGCGUGGCGCACCGCUGGAAGCCGCUGAGCGUCGAGCUGGCGUCCUGGAUCGAGGACAAGUGGCGCCACGACCACAAGCGUGCCCAGAUGAAGGACUUCGUGCACGUCGACUUCGAGAAGAUGUACAUGACCAAGCCGUUCUACGGCGAGCUGCGGCGGCGGUACAACCCGGCGCUGUGGCUGCAGGUGCGGCGUUCGGAACACCUCACGUACUGCCGCGCCAGCGUGCACCGACUGCAGCUCGACAACCAACUGCCGCGUGCACACUUCCCCACCGUGUUGUGCCCCGCGCCGGCGGCGGGCUCGGGCUCGGCCGGCCCCGGCAGCAACCCCCACGCCGCGCGCCACGCCGCGCGCCGCGGCCUGCUCAAGCCCUGCCUGGACCUGCUAGUGCUCAAGCGCGCGCGCCCCGCCUUCAACCAGGACGUGUACAAGUACGUCAAGGUGCUAGUGCAGGAGUUCUGCAUCAACCUGGAGCGCGACUUCCUGGACGCGCUGCUGGAGCUGCCGUCGUGCACGUCCGAGGGCGCCAGCGCCACCACCACCUACGAUGAGCAACACCGCCUGCUGGAGGGGCUGCGGCAGGACGUCGCGCUCAGCUACCUCCCCGUGCACUUCGUCGGGCUGAAGCUCAAGGAAGACAUGCCCAAGCCCGUCAUCGAGUGCGUGCACUUGUCCCCCAUCCGCCUCCGCCUCAGCAUGUUCCACCGCGGCUCGGCGCGCCCCGCGCCGUGCACCAAGACCCUGCUGGGCAAGCGGCCCACCCUGGACUACGUGUUCAACGCCCUGGUGCCCUCCAUGACCGAGAUCAAGAACGUCCGGCUCAAGAUGCCGUACUUCGAGCGCAAGGGGCUGCAGUCGACGCGCAAGGACCUGGAGUGGGACGUGCGGCGCCACUACUACACGCAGCUCAUCCAGCAGGUGCACGUCAUGGUGCUGGGGCUGGACGUGCUGGGCAACCCAUACGGCCUCGUCAGCGACUUCACCGACGGCUUCGGCGAGUUCUUCUACGAGCCUUGCACGGGCACCAUCGAGUCUCCCGACGAGUUCGCCGAGGACCUGGCCCGGGCGGCGCAGGCGCUGCUGGGCAACCUGACCGGCGCGGAGGCCAGCGGGCUGUCCAUGCUCGCGCCCUCCCUCGGCGCCGUGCUCUCCAGCCUCACCUUCGAGGACGAGUACAAGAAGAAGCGGCGGCUGUGCCUGCAGCAGUCGACGGACCUGCCCGAGCUGGCCAGGACCGCCAGCAAGACGUUCUCCAUGGGAGUCCUUAUGGGGAUGUCCGGCGUCGUCCUGAAGCCCUCUCUCGGCGUGCCCCAGGAGGGCGUGGAAGGGUUCUUCCGCGGCACGGGCAAAGGCUUCAUGGGACUUAUGAGCAAGCCGGGCGGCGGAGUGGUGGACUGCAUCGCCAUGGCGCACGACGGCAUAAGGAGGGCCGCCGAGCUGGGCGAGGACAUCGUGAUGCGCGCCAGGCUGCCCCGCCACCUCAACCCUUUCCAAGGCCUGCGACCCUUCUCCGUGUACGAGGCCACCGGGCAGCAGGUCCUCCACACUCUGAGCCGCGGCCACUACGUGGACUCAGACCUGUACUGGGCUCACACGGCACUGAGCGCCGACGGCAAGGCCAUCCUGCUCGUCACCCUUCAGCAUGUUUUCCUGCUGGAGCGAUGCCGGCAGUGGGGACCUAACGAGGUAGAGUGGUCUGUGAGAGUCGAUGACGUCAUGGAAGUGCCCAAGCUUGAAGGGAACAAACUCAUCUUCAAAGUGCGGCAGGACGAUACGUUCUCUGCAUUCUCUGGAGAAGAGCGGAGUAUAACCAGUGAAGAUUCGACUACCUUGGCUUGGGUCAGAGAUAAAGUUGAAGCAGUUCUUGUAUUAAAUAUGGAAGACAAACCGGUGCCUGCCAACUCCUAAAUGUAUAUUCGUGUGCUACAAUCAGUGCUUUAGGUUUUUUAAAAGGGUAGAAUGAAAUAAGCUGAAAAUAUCACAAGAAAGUGUAAUUUUAAUUGUACAAUUGAAUUAUCAUCAAUUUUCCUUCCUUUCCCCCAAUUUGAUGCUUGUAAAUAUGUGUAUUUAUUACUAAUCCCUUUUCAAAUUUGAAAAAAAAAUAAUUGUAACUGGCUUAAAAAUGCAGCACAGUACACUUUUGACUUUUCUUGAUCUUGGCCUAAAUCAUCAAUCUACCUUCAUAGGUGUUUUAUUUUUCUUUUAAAAAGAAAAAGACAUAUGACAUUAGCUUAACAUUGCUCUGAAAAUCCAACAUGAUUACUAUGUAAUUAGUUGGUUUUUCUAUCAUAUCAUGCCCUGAUUGUCUUUCAGUCCUGGGUUCUUGGAUUGAAACACUUAGAAAAGGGCUCAACAUUAAAACUGAGCCACAAAUUUUUAGUUUGAUUUCUUUCAAUGUUUCUAGUGGUUUCUACGCAGCUAAUGAAUGUUUUAGGUCUUCGAGUGCGAUACAUCUGCAUGUUUCUGUCUUUUCAAUGCAACAGCUUCAGAAAAAUGUGUACGCAAGAGCCAAGCGAGCGAAUAAGAACUUGCUCUGGUUGGCAAUCAACCUUAAGUAUGGUAGACAAUACUUGGUGGUAAAGAAUGAAGGUCUUUGAACAGAAGUAUGCCAUAUAAUAUUAAUACAAAUUUAAAAUAAUCAGUUAAUUUUAUUACAUUGGGAAUGGAUUGGGAAAUUGGAGAAGUGUAGACUGGGAUUUGGUGGAAAAGUUGCACGCAAGAAGAUCAUUGUUUCAACUGAGUCAGCACCUUAUAAAAGAACAAUUGUUUUUAUUUUUUUAAUGAUUACCCUGUAAAUGCACACUGAUGAUUUGUGAAGAUAUCUGAGUGUUCAUCUAUUUUCAAAGUGAAGAUAUGCGAAUGACCAAGAGCCAGAAGCUUGUUUCUUUUAAAAAAUAAUAGUUAAAUGGUUUUUUAAGUUAUCCAUGAACAAAGGAAAUUUGUGCAGUUUCAAAUGCAGUGACAGUUGUCAUGAAAAAAGUUGUGAUAAUAUUUGUAAGGCUGAGAGACUAUUUUCCAGCACAUUCAAAUUCUACAACUUGGUCUUACAUUAAGUCACUCAAGUUGAUGGAUCAAAAUACCCUUUUAGUCUCUUUAAAAAAUUAAAAGACUCUUAUAUAUAAAUAGCUUUAAUAAUCAUGAGGAAGGCAGUGCUUCAAGAACAGAGACAGCUUAACAAUAGUCAAUUGCAUUAUUAUUACUCAAGUGGCCAAUCAGGUCCACCUCAUAAUUCCAAAAGAUUGGAUUACAUCAGAUUCAGAAUGAGCAUAGCAGCACUGCAACAUGAAUUGAUGGCAAUGGUUCUUCUCAGUCCAAGCAGAAGUUACAGAUAAAAGCAACCGAUUCCCAAUAUGUAGUCAGCAGAAUAAUUUAAGCAUGAACUGAAGUGCAUUGCCUCUCGGGCAGUGCUUCACAUUAUUACUUAAGGCUGUUAUUUGUGGAGGAGUCCAUGAGUCAAUUGAAUAAGCAGGCAUCCCUCUCCACAAGUUGGAUAGAUGAGCUAGCAUUCACCAUUGAAUGCCAUAUUUCAAAAAGAUUACUAUUUCAAAUGUAACUUCUUUGUUGGAAUAUAUAAGGUGAUUGAUUACAUAAAAAGUGGAGAUGUGGAUAGGCAACUUGAAUAUUUGUGACUUUAAGUUGAUGCCUCAAUCGAUGUAAUGAAUUCAAAAUAAGAAUUGCUUACUUGAAGUAUGCUGGUAUAGGAUGUGUAAAGAUAUGUCUGUAUUUUUGUGCUUCAAUGAAAAUAACAAUGUGCUUUCAAGGGACUUUUUGGCUUAUGGAUUGUUAAAGAUAAAUAAGUGUAAAUUCAUAUAUGUGUAUACUUUAUUCUUUAAAUGAACAGAGCUGUGCUGCUGACUUAGAACAAAGAAAUACAUUUU